UAGUGGCCUUCACUGGGGCCUGCAUCACACAGGAUUCUCCUCUGAAGGCGGUCCAGAUGCUGUGGGUGAACUUGAUAAUGGACACCUUUGCGUCCCUGGCCCUGGCGACCGAGCCCCCCACCGAGGCCCUGCUGAAGAGGAAGCCGUACGGCCGCAACAAACCGCUGAUCUCCAGCACCAUGACCAAGAACAUCCUGGGACACGGCAUCUACCAGCUGGUCAUCAUCUUCUCCCUGCUGUUCGUCGGUGAGCAGAUCUUUGACAUAGACAGUGGUCGUCACGCUCCGCUCCACUCCCCUCCGUCAGAACACUACACCAUAAUUUUCAACACCUUCGUCCUCAUGCAGCUUUUCAAUGAGAUCAACGCCAGGAAGAUCCACGGAGAGAGGAACGUCUUCGACGGAAUCUUCAGGAACCCCAUCUUCUGUUCCAUCGUCUUCGGAACAUUCGCCAUCCAGAUUGUGAUCGUACAGUUUGGAGGGAAGCCGUUCAGUUGUACUCCUCUGGAUUUGGAGAAGUGGGGCUGGUGUACCUUCCUUGGACUGGGAGAGUUAGUCUGGGGACAGGUGAUCGCCACCAUCCCUAACAGCAAGCUACGGUUCCUGCGAGGGGCAGGCCAGCUGACCAAGAAGAACGAGAUGCCUGGGGACGAAGACAUGAACGAGGACAACGAGGAGAUCGACCACGCGGAGAGAGAGCUGAGACGCGGACAGGUCCUCUGGUUCAGGGGGCUCAACCGCAUUCAGACUCAGAUCGAUGUGGUGAACACGUUCAAGAGCGGCAGCUCCUAUCAGGGCCAGCUGCGGAGACAGUCCUCCACCACCAGUCAGAACCAGGAUGUAACCAAUGUUUCUAGUCCCAGUCACGUGUCCUUGUCCAAUGCCCUUUCUCCUACCUCUCCUACCAGCACUGCCUCUCCUGCUGGGCGUGAGUCACUGUCCUCUGUCAGCUUCUGCUACUUCGGAGAUGUCUUCCAGUCUCCUACCAUUCGCGUCGUCAAUGCAUUUCGUAGCUCUCUCUACGAAGGCCUUGAGAAACCAGACUCCAGACCGUCCAUCCAUAACUUCAUGACCCAACCAGAGUUUAGGAUAGAUGACUCCACUCCCCACAUCCCCCUGAUUGAUGACACUGACUUAGAGGAGGACCCAUCGCUGAGGAAGACCCCCCAGGCAGGCAGCCAGCCCCAGUCCCCCAACAAGAACAACAACCUCACCGUCGACACCACCAGUAAGUCAGCUGCAUCCUCCAGCCCAUCCAGCCCACUGCACAGUCUGGAGACCUCCCUCUAG